CGAGCACCAGCGUGGGCCAUGGCUUCUGUUUCCUUGUCUGCGCUGGCAGUGCGGUUGUUGUGCCUCACGCACGGCUGCCACUCCCGCCUACAGUCCUUCCACCUGGUGGCAGUACGAAAUGAAGCCGUCGUCAUUUCUGGAAGGAAGCUGGCCCAGCAGAUCAAGCAAGAAGUAUGGCAGGAGGUGGAAGAGUGGGUGGCCUCGGGCAACAAGCGGCCACACCUCACUGUCAUUCUGGUUGGUGACAAUCCUGCCAGUCACUCCUAUGUUCUCAACAAAACCAGGGCAGCAGCUAAAGUGGGAAUCAACAGUGAGUCAAUUGUGAAACCAGCCUCAGUGUCAGAGGAAGAGCUGUUGAAUUCAAUCAGAACAUGGAAUGACGAUGAGAAUGUAGAUGGCCUCCUUGUUCAGCUGCCACUCCCAAAGCACAUUGACGAGAGAAAGAUCUGCAAUGCUGUUUCUCCUGACAAGGAUGUUGAUGGCUUUCAUGUCAUCAACGUUGGGCGCAUGUGUUUGGACCAGUAUUCCAUGCUGCCAGCAACGCCAUGGGGCGUGUGGGAGAUACUCAAGCGAACGGGCAUUCCAACCUUAGGGAAGAAUGUGGUAGUGGCUGGCAGGUCCAAAAACGUUGGGAUGCCAAUUGCAAUGCUGCUGCACACGGAUGGAGCGCACGAGCGGCCUGGGGGUGAUGCCACAGUCACAAUAUCUCAUCGGCACACUCCUAAAGAACAGCUGAAGAAGCACAGGAUCCUUGCGGACAUUGUGAUAUCUGCUGCUGGCAUUCCAAACCUCAUCACAGCUGACAUGAUCAAGGAAGGAGCAACAGUCAUCGACGUGGGGAUAAACAGAGUUCAAGAUCCUGUCACCGCAAAGCCCAAGUUGGUUGGAGAUGUGGAUUUUGAAGGAGUCAAGAAGAAAGCUGGUUACAUCACUCCUGUCCCUAGGGGUGUUGGUCCCAUGACAGUGGCCAUGCUCAUGAAGAACACCAUUAUUGCUGCAAAGAAAGUGCUAAGGCCAGAGGAGCUGGAAGUGUUGAAGUCCACACAGCACGGAGUCGCCACCAACUAGCCGGGAGCGAGCCAGUCUGGGAGGCAAAGCAGGCCAAGAGGGAUGCAGUGUUCUUAAUUUAUUCUGUUGAAAU